AUGCUAUCUCGGGUGAAUGUAAAGAAACCCUGCUACAAUUCAGUCGAGGAGCCAGCAUCAGGAGCCAGACACUGUUCCGAAACCCCAGGCCAAAAGAUCCGGUCAAUUUCUUUCUACCUUGUCACGGCAAUAAUCACCGUGCUAUUAAUUGCGGGAUCUUUUGUUCAACUAAAUCUAUCCAUCAGAUCGACAUGCGAGAGUCCGCCUGUAAGACGGGAGUGGCGGUCAUUGACAAGUGAUGAAAAGAGAAACUUUACACGGUCAGUCAACAUCCUUGCGGGCAUUCCCUCGUCGCGACGUAGCAACGGGACGAUUUACGACGACUUUGCCAUCUUGCAUGGAUCAAUCGGCUCAUACGCUCACCGUUCUGCGUCGUUCUUGCCCUGGCAUCGUUACACCUUGAUUGUGUUUGAGAAUACUCUGAGAAAACACGCAGGCUUUACUGGUCAGAUUCCAUACUGGGACUGGUCUCUGGACUGGAUGGACCUGGCCAACUCGUCAAUAUGGGACAGUGUCCAUGGUUUCGGGGGCGACGGCGACCCUUUCGGACCGGAGACGGUGGGCGAAGGACGCUGCAUAGUCGACGGGCCGUUUGCCAAGCUGCGGCCUAUCCUAUACAACCACACCUUUACUCAGCACUGCAUCUCUCGCGGGUUCCACGACGGAAAUCAGAUGGGCCGCUUGCCCGGAGCAGCGUACAGCCCUGAGAAGAUGGGAGAGAUUCUCCGAAAGCCGCGGUACAAGGACUUUGUGCGCGAGCUGGAGAUCUACUUGCACGGGUCGCUGCAUCAGUCUGUAAAUGGGGACUUUAAAGCCAUGACGGCGGCGAAUGAUCCUCUUUUUUACGUGCAUCAUGCACAACUCGAUCGCGUAUGGUGGCAAUGGCAGCAGCAGGAUCCGAGGUCCCGACUGACUCAGUACGAAGGAAAACACAUGUUCAACUCGACGGGAAACGCAACAGUCAGUGAUAUGCUCAUGUAUGGGGGCUUCACGGAUGAUGUGUCCGUUUCCAGCGUCAUGAACACAGAGGGCGGCUUCUUAUGUUACAAAUACUAG